GGUUAUUCAGGCGUUAUGGGCAGGACCGGGCGGACAGGAAAUCAGGGCCCCAUUGGUCCUCCUGGGAUGCCGGCCAUUGCUGUUUUUAAAAACUCUGAAGAAGAGUGGGAGGAUUUUAAGAAAGAGAAGAUCUACAAAAAGCUGGUCUCCUCCUGGCCGAAACGCAAGGGGCCUCCGGGGCCUCCUGGACCUCAUGGAGAUGAAGGACCAAUUGGGCGGCCUGGAAGUGACGGGAAGCAAGGACGAAAAGGAGUUGAAGGGAAAAUCGGCAGUCCUGGACCACGGGGGGUCCCUGGUCCUCAGGGCCAACAUGGAAGAGAAGGGACCUCAGGAAACCCUUCUGCCCCGGGACAUCCAGGCCUACCUGGAGAACAGGGUCCCCAGGGCCACAGAGGAGAGAGGGGCAGCAAAGGGGAGCUGGGUGAGUGGGGUUAUCAUGGGGAGGCUGGACCACAGGGACACAGAGAACGUAAAGGAGACAAG